AUGGAGCACCUGCAAAACAUCUCUCCCAUUGACGGUAGGUACAGAAAGUCAUGUCGCGAAAUUUCGGCAUUCUUUUCUGAGUACGCUCUAAUAAAAUAUAGAAUUCUGGUCGAGAUAAAAUGGCUGUUAUUUCUAAAUGAGAGAGAAUUUUUUUUUAAAAAGUUAAGUGAAAAUUCGGAAAGGCGACUGAGCGAGUUAAGUAAUGUAACAGAUGACGAUAUUACAAGAGUAAAAAAAAUAGAAGAGGAAACAAACCAUGAUGUUAAGGCUAUAGAAUAUUUUAUAAAAGAAAAGAUUACAGGUAUUGAAGAUGAGGAAUUAAUAAAUAUAAAGGAAUAUGUUCAUUAUUUAUGUACAAGUGAAGAUAUAAACAAUUUGGCAUAUGCUUUAAGUGUAAAGCUAUGCAUUAAUAAUAUUAUAAUACCGAUAUUAGAAAAAAUAAUGAAAAAAUUAAAAGAGUUAGCUUCUGAUUAUGCGAAUGUUUCUUUACUUUCCAAAACACAUGGACAACCGGCAUCUGCUACUACAUUUGGAAAGGAACUAGCCAAUUUUUUUUCACGAAUGUAUAAUCAUAUAAAUUGUUUAAAAAAUAUUAAAGUAUAUGGCAAAUUUAAUGGAGCUGUAGGAAAUUUCAAUGCCCAUAAAAUUGCAGAUAAUAAUAUUGAUUGGGUUUCAAGUAUUAAAUAUUUCGUUGAGAAAUAUUUCCAAUUAAAUUAUGGUUUAUAUUGUACACAAAUACAAGAUCAUGAUUAUAUUUGUGAACUAUGUGAUAGUUUAGCACGUAUAAAUUCGACUCUACUUGAUUUAUCUAUAGAUAUAUGGUUGUACAUUUCUAAUAAUUUAUUAAAAUUAAAAGUAGUACAAAAAGAAAUAGGAAGUAGCACAAUGCCGCAUAAAGUUAACCCUAUCGAUUUUGAAAAUGCAGAAGGGAAUCUACAUUUAGCAAAUGCGCUUUUUAAAUUAUUUAGUUCGAAAUUGCCAAUUAGUAGACUGCAAAGAGAUCUAUCUGACUCAACAAUUUUGAGAAAUUUAGGCACCUCUUUUUCGUACUCACUUAUUGCAUAUAAAUCAUUAUUAAAAGGGCUAUCCAAAAUUGAUAUAGACAAAAGAAAUAUAGAUGAAGAACUAAAUCAUCAUUGGUCAACUCUAGCAGAACCUAUUCAAAUAAUUAUGAAAAAAUAUAAUUUUAUGGAUGCAUAUGAAGAGUUAAAAAAAUUUACUAGAGGAAAAAUUAUUAACAAAGAAAUUAUGCAAGAAUUUAUAAAAACAAAAUGUAAUUUCUUGCCACCACAUGUUAUGGAAGAGUUAAUGAAUUUGACACCAAGCAAAUACAUUGGCUAUGCGGACUACUUAGCCCUUAAUGUACAGGAGCUUACGGAAAAUUUUCAUUUGCAGUAUCAUCAGUGA